UAUCCUAUCCCCGUAAACCCAGGCCCCAUUGCUGGUCAUUGGGGCCCUCCCGAAAAUUAGCCGUGGAGCCGCUGAUGUUCAAGAUAGAACCACUAUUUUGACAGGAUAUAAAUGCUAUCAGUAUGAAAUACGUUUAAGUAAUGCUCAGACAAUUGCAUGUACCUAGCUCAAUUCGUUUUGUAGAUAUGCACGAAAGACUUGAACACCGCCCAUCGCCGCUCAGUGGAGAUCCUCCCAAAAAUGGACCCUGGCACACUCCCGUUCAACAAAUCGACGCUAUUUACGGCUUUUCUUCGGCUUUUUACUCCCUCGUUCCUACCACAUACCUCAUCCUAUCGUAAUCCUAUGCUUGUCAGGAGCUGCUUCCUACGAACUACGACUACCGCGAACUACCGCGACUACGAACUACGAACUACGACUACGACUACGACUACCGAAGGAGAGGGAUGUAUCGACGGCGACCAGGGACCGUCUUCUGGAGCUGUUCCGGAUGGGCUACUCGGCUGAGCAGGCGCGAGACGAGCUCAUCUCAGCUCCGCAAGAGGAGGCCGGAGACGAUUUCUACCGCGUCGCAGCGGACCGCGCCCACUGUCCUGAUGUUGGCUAUUAUCACCGGUUGUACCGGACAGAAUUCAAGAAAGUCUAUGGCGAGCUGUCCGGAGAGAAAAUGCUGGACGGCCUUCGCUGCCUCGGAGAGCAGUACGACGGAACAUCGGGCGGUCGUGCUGCUCUGGAGGUGGACGACCACAACGUGGUGGUGGCUAUCGUCACGCCGCUGAUGCGCCGAGUCUCGCAGCUGUGGCCUCGAGCCGCAGUAAUGUGGUUCGUCGACUCCGGCAACAGUCCGGCAACAUGGACCGUAGCGACAGUCGCCUCUUUCUCCUCCUGACUCACAGCCCGGUCGGCGCUCUCCCCGUGGGGGCCAUCGUCACGUCAUCAGAGUCGACCAGCGUCCUAACGGCAGGGCUCCAGCUGCUGUUGACCCUGAUGGAUGAGCAGAGCUUCGGAGGUCGAGGAGCACGUGGCCCGGUGGUGGCCAUGACGGACGACUGCGCUGCCCUCAGAGCCGCACUGAGGAAUGUUUUCCCCGAGUGUCGGCUACUGCUCUGCUCAUCUCACAUCACCUCCAGGCUGCCUGGCGGUGGCUGUGUGGGAAGCAGAGCGGUGUCGCCGCUGACCAGCGACAGGAGGCGUUGCAACGUGUCCGUGCCCUCCUCUGAGCCACCACUGAGCACGACCUCAGCCAGCGUUGGGACUUGGAAGGAGCUGCUCGCCUUCACACGGAGGAAGAAGCUCGGACACUUUGAAAAGUACAUGGAAGAGCGCUGGAUCCGUCGUUACGAGUGGGCCAUGUGUUUCCGCUCGGACCUGAUGGUCAGAGGGAACCACACCAACAAUCUGACGGAGGCGGCCUUCCGCGUGAUCAAGGACAAGAUCCUGAGGCGGCUGAAGGUCCACAACACCACCCAGCUGGUCGACAUCGUGAUGAUCCGACUCGAAAAUGAGUAUUCGCGCAAAAUCCUGGACGCUGCAAACGGGAGAACGCCGGCCUCGGCACGCAAGCGCUUCUGCCCGUCGGCAGAUGGCAUCGACAAGGCGUCUGUGGAGCAGGUGGGAUCGUCCACGUACCAGGUGUCCAGCUUCACCAAGUCCGGUGUCUCGUACACCGUUGACACGGAUCUGGAGCUGUGCACGUGUCGUGUGGGAGCCACUGGAGCGCCGUGCAAGCACCAGGCAGCUGUUCUGCAAAAGGAGCCUGCCAUGGCUGAUGCGGCACUAAACUUCCUGCCCACCCUCAGCGAGAAACAGCGUCACCUGUACUUCCAAAUCGCCACCGGUCUUACAGCACCCGGCGGGUUUUUGGCCUCAAUGAGGCAAGAUCCGCGGGAACCGAGCAGCACGAGCCAGCCAAGCACGAGCCGAAGUGACGCAUCUGGUGAUCAGCAACCUGACCCGGCGAGCGAGGAGAAGGCGGGCACCAACCUGGGCGACGGGACAGCUGACCUGAUCGCUCGGUGCCAGGCUCUGUGUGAGUCAUGGCAAGCUGACCUCAUGCGUGCACCAGAGCUGUAUGUACGGCCCCGCACUGGGCACGACCACGUUCAUUAGCCGCUACGAGUGCAUGAAAACGGACAAUUCGCGGGCAUCAAGUUUGCACCAGUUUGGCACUGGUUGCAGCGCUGUCCCUGCAAGCUCCUUUAAAAGCUCCGUGAUGAUAGGCGUCCAGCCGACAGCAGUGGCUCGCAGGAAGGUCCCAGUUGGUGGCAAGCGGCGUGUUUCCACCGGGAGACCCAAAAAAGACGCCGCCACUGGCGACCACGGUGCCUACGCCGUGCCAACGAAGGUCGGGAAGCAAUCACUCUGUUCUCAGGAAGUGCCCCCAGCGCGAGCCCCACACAACCUGGCGGAGUGUGUGGCUCGAAACGUGUCUGUGGGUCGAACCCAUAGUGCCUAAUGUGUUCAGGAUGGCAGUUAGGAUGUAAUCCUCAAUGCGGAUCGACAGUGAAAGCUUUAAACGCGUCGAUGAUAACGGUCUGGCGGAAUGCGAGCAGUGAUGCCAGACGGUACUUGCAUGUGUAAAUACAUGUUCCAGUGGUUCUGGUGCUGCUGAGACAGCGUAUGAAUGUCAGGAAGGCGAUCCGACUGGCGCGGCGGUCAAAAGCUAAUUGUUGGCGUGCGACACCCAUAUUCGUUAAAUGUUUCAGCGUGAUUGUUUUUGAACUUCAUUAAGCUAUAACCAC